AUGGAGGAAACCAGUGAAGCGAGUUACUGUGAAAAAGAAAGUUGGGAUGAAUGGGGCAGUCGCUCGUCACUGAGCCAGCAGGAAGAGAUAUGGACAAGCAAAACGAACUCAAAAAACAACCGUCCGAGCUUCCUCUCAUCUCGACAUCUAACGCAACACGCGAAGUGGGCCAACAUCGCGUCCCAAUUAGAUUACUUGAAAGAAUAUCCUCAUUCCUCACGUUCCGUCGAGUGUCUUCAAACU